UGCAGUCCAAACGUCAAACUGGGCUAUCUGCAGUACGAAGGACUCCCUUUUGGAACAGGGAAUCAGCAGGAGUCGAUCAGCGGGCGGUAGCCUUGACAACAAACUUGACUAUCUGCAGUAAAUACGAUUCACAUUUGGAACAGGGUAUCAGAAGGAUUUGAUCAGUGGUAGCCUAAGACAACAAAAUCAGCUAUAUGCAGUAACUAGGAUUCUCAUUUUAAUUGAACAUAGCCUGUACAUACAUGGGAAGAUACAACUUGUUUGUUUGCAAGUCUGGGUUAACAGAAUCAGUUUGAGCAGUACCAUACUUAUCAACAAUCCCAACACUAUCUGGUUUUGGCCUAAGAGGUUUAUUCAAUGUGGCAUUGCCAUCAACACCUUUAAAGGGUGACAUCGUCGUCUUUUUAUGCUUGUAACGGAUGUCACGUGUCUCAAUACAGUUGAAGAAUUAUCGAACCCAGCCUUGGAUGUUUACUAAUAACUUUUUUGUGAAUAAAUAUCCAAAGGUUACAAUAUAUACCUUAAACAGAUAUCGGCUCGAUAUAGUUUGCAAUUUCGUUUUUAGGAGUUGAACUCAAACCAUCAGUUCAAAGAGAAUAAUAGUUUAGCUAGCACAGGAAACACAUAAACAUUUCUUUGUUCAAUAAGAAAAAGUACAUUACUAAAUUAAAUUUAGUGAUUUAACAUCAAUCGGCACAUCGAAAAAUAACCAGGAAGUAAGAAAUUACCGAUAUAUUACAUUAUCUUAUUAUAUACCAUUUACAUUAUCAUUUGUAACGUAAAAUUCAAAUAUUGUUGAACAAAUAAGAUGAGUAGAAAUCGUGCAAAGUUUUUACCAAGCGAAAUACGGUUUUCGCAUGACGUCAUCAUGUACAAGUUCAAAGAUGGCAAAUUGAUUCAACAUACUCUUGAGCAAUUGAUAACAGAAGCUAUUACCAUCGAUGAUAUACCUAAAAUAAAAAUUGUUAAAAGGGACGGUCUAAAAUUUUCAGUGAACAAUCGGCGACUAUGGGUAUUUCAAAGGUAUGAAGAGUUCCUCAGAAGUCGUGGAGAAACCAUAGCCAUUCCAGUAACAUAUGGAGCACACAAAAACUUGAAGGAUUACAAAUUGAACACUCGCAACGAGGGUAUGACUGUAAGAAUUGGACGUCGUGAAACGUCUGACAACACAAUUCGUCUGAGGACAUCGGAUAUUCGUUACUCCAGAGAUGCAAUAUAUUUCAGUGAUAGUAAAGAUGGGUCACUGACCGAUAUAUUAGAAAAUCUUGAAAAUGGUAUCUAUACAAUAGACACUUUACCAAAGGUAACUGUUGUACAGAGAAAGGGGAAUUUCUAUGCCAUAGAUAAUGAGAGAGUGCUCUGGGUUAUUAAGCAAUAUUCUGAGAAGCAAGCUGAGGAUAUAACACUGACAUGUAGUCUUGGAAUAUAUUCAGAUUUAAGACCGACUUCGUUUACAACAAAAACGGAUGGAUUAUCUGUACGCGUUCUGUCCGGCUACCCAGAGAAGAAAAGAAAAAUACAGCAGGACAAAUGCCUAGAAGAUUCUCAUUGUAAUGUACAGAACAUUUAUGAUUACUUAAUUUCAACUGGUGCAUUGUCCAUUGCUUGGAUGUUUGACAGGAAGUUACCUAACAUCAUGAGGCAUUUUCCUUUCGCACGUUUUAUAUCUGAACAGUCAAAGUUGAGGUAUUAUGUUUCUGGUUUCAAAUCUGUAUGUAUUCAAUUGUUACCUUACCAGCAGUUUUCAAACUGAUUAUGAAUCGGAUGAUCUUGGUAUGAAAUAUGAAGCCUUGCUGGCUGAAAUCUU